GCUUGACUGCAUAGACUUCAGACAACCAUGUGAAGGGGAAUCAGAGGCCAAAUUUCUGUCACCAUGGUGGAUGUGCAGUGUCUGAGUGACUAUGAGUUGCACAAACAACUGAAGAAGCUUGGAUUUUCAUCUGGCCCAAUACUACCUUCCACCAGAAAAAUGUAUGAAAAAAAGUUAGUACAAUUGUUGGUCUCACCUCCCUGUGAAUUACCUGUCAUGAAGAGACCCCAAAAGCCUCCCUGUGAACUACCUCUGCUGCAUGGAUUUGAGGACAGCGAUGACAGUGAAGAUCCAGCGGUAAAUAUCGUUUUGAAAGGAAAUAUCAAAUUCUCAAAAGACAAAGGCAAGGAAUGUAAAAAAAAACCCGAGGCUUCUCCUAGUAAAAGAGGGACCGUAGACAUCUACCUGAGCCAGAAAGCCGCCAAGGGAGUCAGGUGUGCUGCAAGACUAAUUCCGAGGACCCAGCAUGGAUGCUUCACCAAAGAGGACUCCUGCCAAGGGCACCAGAGCCCAGGGAGCAGGUUCCUGCGCCAGAACCCUGGGAACAGCAUCCUGUGCCAGAACCCUGGGAACAGCAUCCCGUGGAGCUUGAAGCUGGCCAUCCUUGGCAUUUUCAUCAUUGUGUUGUUCGUCUAUAUAACUGUGGAAAAGAAGCCACUCUUGCACUCUGAUGGGUUCUUGCUCCGUGACUGCACCCGGCUUUAUCUCCGGUUUUCAUCAGAAUCCUUUGAGGAAGAGGCUGAUUUUUCCGAUGUCUGUUGGUACUCGGUGACUUUUCCUGUGGGCCACAGCCUUGACGCCUUUGAGGGUCAUCUGGAGCCCUUUGAUGUUCCCCCUGAUGCCCAGGCCACACCCCAGGUUGAUUGCAUCAGCAUAUCUGGGGAAGGACACCGGCAUUGGCGUGGCGCCAAGGUCAGCAAUGAAUUCCACUUUAACGAGGAUUAG